GGGGAAAGUUUGGAAGGACGAUGGGAUGGGGCAUGGCUUAGGGGUUAGGAACGGACGUCUCAUUUGUCCAAGAAGUCAUGGCAGUACGUCAUGCUUUGCUAGGCGAAUGCGACAAGCCAGGAAGGGUGUCCACGCAGUGUGUGCAUGACAGUUGUCGGAUAGCAAGGUUGUGAGGGAGCGAAAGAGAGGAAGGGUGAGCGUUGUUAGGGCGGAGUGUCCUGGGGAGGCCUGGUGAGUACGGAAGUGGUGGGCGCCGGGCACCUGGGGAAGACCUGUGUGCGUGAGAACUUGUUGUCGACUUGGAGAGCAACAGCAGCAGCAAGAACAGCAAGAGCAGCAACAGUAGCAGACCGGCCUGUGGGCAUCCACGCCUCCAAAAAUAAGCCCUAGCGAUUCCCGUCAGCUGUUGUUCCCGUGCACGUUGUUGUGCGAGGCGACCUGUUCCCUGUUACCUAGACGAAGAUCUCGGGGAUUGUACAGGUCUCGACGUGUCAAGUUAUGCAAGGGGUCGCAGGGGAACACUGGCCUGUGUUCCGUGUGGUGUGCGGGGUCUUGCCGGCCGUGUGCUCUAGGCCCGAGGUCCCAGGCACCGACGUAGGCCAGGGAGAUCGCGGAAGGCCGUAGUAUUGAGGCCGGUAACGAAAGGUGGUCUUUGUAGCAGAGGGAAGUGUGACACGCGGCGCACAUGCCAGAGAGCGGGGAGCUAUUUGAGUCUGAGGGAGUGUUGGCGGCGACGGGGCACCCAGUGGCACUCUGGCUCUGUACCCGGGCACACCCUGGCUCUCUCCGGCACCCGAGACACUCGUGUCGUAGUUCUGCGGUCGCGCUUGCUGUCACGUCCCGGCGCACAGAGGGUUAUCAUGUCGGUGUGACCACGUUCAGGAGUGCGAGACCUCCCUGUGGGUAGCGGCAGUGACAGAAAUAGUGAGGCGGCGGGAUGGAGCGCCAAGACUCCUUCGUGAGUCUCACCGAUAGUGAGCUGAGCUUCGCCAGCGUCUCCACGGAGGACGGCGCCUCCAGCUUGGGGCGGAGCCUUGCUGGGUCGCCUCUCGACUCGCAGUCGGAGCUCACCAGGACCCCAGGAAGUUCAGCGACAAAGUCACAGAAGGAGCGUCUCCGGCGAUCGGGCCCCAAGCGCCAGGCGCCGCAGCCGCCCUCCAGGCCGUCCCCGAGCACCACUCCGGUGCCCUCCUCCCCUGCCCCUCCCUCACAGCUGAUAACUGCCGCUCAAGUGCCCAUCAGUCCUGGCUGCGACGCUCGUGCCCCCACACCCCUCGCCUCCGUCACACAGGCAGCCGUCAGUGCCGCGAAGGUCUCUGCGGCGCCCGUAACCACUGUGCACAUGCAGCUGACGCCCGUGGCGCCGCCGGGGCCUGUUUUCCGCAGGCCUCCCCAGCGGCGCAGCAGACCCACCGCCUCACCAAGAUCGUCAGCCACCCAGUCAGCUCUCCCUCGAGCAGUGCAAGCGAAGGCCGCCCGAUGUCCCCGCCUCUCCCGGGCGGCGUGGCCCCCCCGGCUCCGCAGAGGUCGGGCUCCUCUCAGGCGGCCGCGAGGGACCUCGCCAACUUGAGGAUUCGUCUGAUCGACGAGGAGUCCGACUCGGAUGCAAAUCCUGCAGAGCCUGGGCUUGACCUGCGGAUCGCCGACCCGACGCCCGCUCAGCAGCUGAGCCCAGCCCCCCGCCUUGUGCAGGCCCAGCAGUCUCGCUUCGAGCCUUCUUACGCCGCCCAACCGGCCUUGCAGGGCAUGCCACAAGGACCUCAUCAAGGCGCUCCCUUCGUCUCUCCGUUCUCGCCCCCAGACCCCGCCUGCCAGAGCCAUGACGCCCAGUAUCUCCGGAGGGAGGCCGCGCAGCCAGGGCAGCCCGCCCAACCGCAUCUCCCCCAGCCCGUCUGCUACCCGGGCGAGCAGGCCCUUCCCGCUGCCGAAAACUACGACUUCAGCGAGAGCUUCGACAGCUACGACGACUCCCCAACGCCGCCAUGCGCGAGUCCCGUGCCCGGCGAGAGGGAACCUCCGGGCGCGGUGUACCGUGGGCGUGCCCGGCGCCUCAUGCACUCCGCCUCCGACCCAGGGGUGCCCCGACCACACUUACACCGUCCCCACGCCCACUCCCAGCACCCACGGGCGCCGGGUUUGUCUGUGCCUCCACCCCUCGACCAGCUGAGCGAGGAAGAAGGAGGUCAGGAGAUCCUCGAAGACGACCUCCAGGAGGCCCUCGCUGGCCAGGCUCGCCUCCAGAGGUCGGACUCCAUGGUGACGGUGGCGCACCUGUACGAGGACGUGCUGGUGUCGUCGCGGCUGCGCGUGAGGGUCACGCUCACCAACCUGACUGUGGUGGUGGUCGUGGCCGCCCUCGUGCUGCCCAACAGCGCCGCCAUCCUCUACGCCGCCUUCAGAUUAGUGUUUGGGACACUGUUCCCAGCCUACUACUCGUACAAGGCCGUCAAGACGAAAAACGUCAAAGAAUACGUAAAAUGGAUGAUGUAUUGGAUCGUGUUUGCUUUCUUCACAUGCUUCGAGACACUGACGGACCUUUUCCUUAGCUUCUGGUUCCCCUUCUAUUAUGAGGUAAGUGUAGAGGGAAGGGGGAUAAGGGAGGCGUUUGUGAUUAGUUUUCUAGGCAAUGUCAGCAGGGCUGAUCGCCACACGGUGAUUAGUAGCCGGGACUUAAAGGGGCGAAUAAGACUAAGACGACGGGAGCUGAUUGAUUCAGAGGCUAUUAAGGGGCAAGUCAUCUGGAGAUCCAGGCUCAAAGUGGAGCGGACGCAGGGUUUCGGUUUAGCCACUAGUGCGGGCCGUAUUAGGACGGACGGUGAGAGGAGGUGGUAA